CCGUGUGAACAUUUAAGACGUGUGCUGCGCGCGACGACAACAGUCGCUCGUUUAGUAUCAUCAGAUACGGAACUGAACCCAAAAAAAUGAAGUUUAGAAAUCCUGAUAACACCAUCACUUUGAUGGACCCGUCGCUUCUGCUGCGGCCAGAGCAAGUCUACAAGGACAAGCCGCUGGAGUGCUUCCGUGACUACUCCGUCAACGAUGAAGACCCAAUCAAAGAGAGAGUUCGACGCACUUACUACACCAUGCAUACUCACAUGACUGUCGACUUCGUUAAAAGCAAAAUGGAGAAAUGGCUGAAGUUCAACCACUUCAGGUCGUCAGUAAAGGAUGCGCUGGUCAAACUCAACGAGUUGGUCGACGAGUCGGACCCCGACACAGAACUGCCCAACAUCGUCCACGCCUUCCAGACCGCUGAGCGGAUCCGAGAAGACUACCCUGAUGACGACUGGUUCCAACUCAUUGGGCUGAUUCACGAUCUUGGGAAGGUAAUGGCUUUCUAUGAUGAACCCCAGUGGUGUGUGGUGGGUGACACCUUCCCCGUUGGCUGCAAAUGGGGGGAGAACAUUGUAUAUGGAGACGACAGCUUUUUGGACAACCCUGACACUUAUGACGAGAAAUACAACACUGAAUUGGGCAUGUACAGGGAGAAAUGUGGUAUCGAAAAUCUCCUAAUGUCGUGGGGGCACGACGAAUACCUCUACAGGGUGCUCAAGCAUAACAACGCCAAGUUUCCCGAAGAAGGAUUGCAGAUGAUCAGGUUCCACUCCUUCUACCCGUGGCACGCAGGCGGCGACUACAGCCAGUUCGUCACCGAGAAAGAUGAAAAGAUCAGGCAAGCCGUCCUGAAAUUUAACCAAUACGACCUGUACACAAAGAGCGCCGGUGUACCGGACAUCGAAGCUCUGUGGCCGUACUAUGAAGGACUUAUUGAAAAGUACAUCCCAGGUGUCCUUGAAUGGUGAUCAGUGAGGAGUUAUUUAUGGGAUUAUUUAUUUCUAACCUUCUAGGUUAACUGUUACCUACAAAAUAAAAAUAAAUUAU